AUGCUUGGCAAAUCAUCUCUUGCAGUGGCGACGCUGGUCGCCCAGGCGUUGCCGGGGCUCGGAGCGAUCAUUGAACGAGAAACGGUCAAAGUGACAACUUCCGAGACAGUUCGAGGUGGUGAACUGGCCAAUAUUCAUCUCGACUGGUCUGGUCAACCGCCAAAUUUGAUCAAAUCAGUCUAUGCACCCUGUGACGAUGAUUCGGCGACAAAAGGGCAAACCAUCGGACAGUUUUCAGUUCACGGUCAUCCUCCCCAGCGACUGGCUUGGGUGGUUCCAGAUGAGGCUCCAACGCACCAUUGUGUUUACAUUUAUGGACAUGACGGCCUGAAUGCGACACAAAAGGUGUUGGGCAAAAGCAACCCUGUCUCCUUGCAGAAGAAGUCCAAGAAACGAUCCAUGGCUGACACCAACAUCCCGUUGCUGAAGGACUUUGAUGCGCAGGGAGCAUGGUUCGACGGAGUGGCCAAAAUCAAAGACAAAGUGGAAAGCAACGGAGGAUUUGCUUCAAAAAACUCAGCAAAGAACACCUCAAUUGCAAUUAUUGGAGGCGGAAUCUCCGGGCUUGCGACGGGGUUAAUGCUGGACAGCGUCGGUGUACACAACUGGGAGAUCAUCGAAGCCAGCGAUCGCGUCGGUGGCAGAUUCCGGACGAAAUAUGUCGCCGACACUCAAGAAUGGGCUGAGAUGGGACCAAUGCGACUUCCACACUCUGUCACUUACAAAGACGACAAUGAGACACUCCUCUACACUGAUCAUCAGUUGACCUUCCAAAUGGCCAACAUCUUGAACAACAUGAACAAGAAUGACUCGCAGUGGAAGAUUGACUUCAUCCCCUGGAUUCAACACAGUCCCAAUGAGUUGUAUGCUCGAGACACUCGUCGUCAUCCAGAUGGAAGAAUUCCUACUCGCGCUGAAAUCGAUGAGGAUCCAAGCCUAGAGGAUCCUCCAGAGAUGACAAGCGCCGAAUACACCAACACUGAGAACAAGAUGAACAAAAUUCUGAAAGACGAAAAUACCCUCAAAUCCCUUCAGAAGGAUGUCUGGAGAGCCCACAAGACCGCCAUGGACCAGGGGCUUGAUGACUGGAGCGAACAGGCGAUGAUGCGACAUGUCUUCAAAGCCAGUCAGAACAUCACCGACGAGAUCUGGACCUCAUCCGACUACGAUGUGUUCUGGGAUGAGCUGCAUCAUAACUCCAAUCUCGGCCUGGAUGGAAGCAGGGACAGUAUAGGUGAAACAGAAUGGCUCUGUAUCGAUGGAGGAUUCAACCGGCUGUCCGACGCUUUUCUUCCUCACGUCCGCGACAGGCUUACUCUCAAUCGAAAAAUCCGGAAAUUGGAGUCAGUCAAGGGAAGUGAUGGCCACACUCGCACUCGACUGUCAUGGUACCCCAAUGUCUCGAAUCGCACCUUCGAGUCUAAAGAGUAUGACUACACAAUCAUGGCAGCACCAUUCACCAUGACCCGCUUCAUGGACCUGCCCAAAUUCUCCUCCGUGCUAGACCGCGCGAUCAGCGAAGCAGGUCUGCGAUUCAAGUCCGCAUGCAAAGUAGCCCUACUAUUCUCCGAGCGAUUCUGGGAAAAGGGCGACCGACCAAUUUUCGGCGGCUACUCCAAGCCAGCAAGCGACUCAGUCGGUGCACUUUACUACCCCGUCUACGGACUCAACGAGUCCCGCCCUGGUCUGAUCAUGCACUACCGAGGUGGCGACUGGAGCGACCGGUUUGUGAGUUUCUCCGACGAAGAACACGUCCAGACGGUCCUGGAUUCGAUUGUCAGUUUGCAUGGUGAACAAGCGCGCGACCUUUACACGGGAGAUUAUGAGCGUCUCUGUUGGCUGCAGGAUGAACAUACUGCGACUUCUUGGUGUCGGCCGGAUGUUGCACAGCAUGAACUGUACAUUCCGGCUUAUCACCAGACGGAGCAUAACACGAUUUUCAUUGGAGAGCACACAGCGCCAACCCAGGCUUGGGUUAGCUCUUCGCUGCAUUCUUCUGUUCGUGGGUCGGUUCAGCUGCUGUUGGAGUUGGGUUUGGUGGAUGAGGCGAAGGAACUUAACCAGCGGUGGAUGGGGAGAUGGAUCAAGCUAUGA